CUACAGAAUUGAAAACCAGUAUUGCUGGUAUAUAUCCAAAGACUAACACUGCAACAGUUACAUGGACCCUACCAUCCAAUAGUCAAUUUAUAUCCAGUAUUAGUAUAGAAGUAAAUGGUAUUAUAAAUAAAACUAGUAUAAAUAACACUGCUACAUCUAGUGAAGUAACUGGUUUACAACCUGGUACUAUGUACAGUAUUAAAGUUAUAUCUAUAGUUAAUACUGAUAGAUAUCAAAAUUACGAAGUUAAAUCAGAGGCAGUACCAACCACAACAAAACAACCACCUGGUAGUAGUUGUAACAUGGGUGACACACAGCCAUGUACUGGUAAUUUAACAUGUAAUAAUAAAUAUGAUAAUUUAUUUUAUAGAACAACCACCUGGUAG